AUGGCUAAGCAGUACGAUGUGCUCUUCCGACUCCUGCUUCUCGGAGAUUCCGGGGUUGGGAAAACAUGUUUGCUAUGCAGAUUCACGGACAACGAAUUUCACCCGUCUCACAUCUCCACCAUCGGAGUCGACUUCAAAAUGAAGACGCUAGUAAUAGAUGGUAUCAAAGUACGGAUACAGAUAUGGGACACUGCAGGCCAAGAAAGAUACCAGACCAUCACUAAACAGUACUACAGACGAGCACAGGGAAUCUUCCUGGUGUACGAUAUCACGAGCGAGCGAUCCUUCCAGCACAUCAUGAAGUGGGCCAGUGACGUGGACGAGUACGCUCCGGACAAGGUCCAGAAGAUCCUCGUCGGCAACAAGUCCGAUGAGGUGGACAAGAGGCAGGUGGCCACAGAGCAAGGUGUCAAGCUGGCCAAGGCUUAUGGAAUGGACUUCUUCGAGACAAGUGCCUUCACCAACCACAACAUAACAGAGACUUUCACACGAUUGGCUGAACAGGUGCUGGCAGCCAAUAAAAAGGACCUGGAUCUUCUCCGGAUGUCCAUUAAUGACGAUAUUAAUCUUGCUGCUCUGGAGGAAGAGGAAGGACUCAGUGACAGUGCGGCGGGCGACCAAGGCAAAGGCUGCUGGUGUUAAAGAAAUAAUUGACAUUAAAUAUAUGUAAUCACCUGCGCACUCUGGGCAAAAUGUGUCUCCUUUUGUCGUUAGCUGAAAUAAAGAGGAGCAUCGAG